UCCCGGGUCUCUUGAGGAGCCCAGGAAGGAGGCUCCGUGGUGCCUAGUGCCGACGGGCCGGGGACUGCCGGGCCGGGGCUGCGGCGAUCGUUCGCGGGUCAUGUCGGCCGCCCAAGGCUGGGACAGGAACCGCCGGAGGGGAGGAGGCGCCGCGGGCGGCGGCGGCGGUGGCGGCGGAGGUAGCGGGGCCAGCGGGGGCAGUGGGGGCAACGGGGGUCGGGUCACUGGCCAGCUCAACCGCUUCGUGCAACUCUCCGGGCGGCCGCACCUGCCAGGUAAGAAGAAAAUACGAUGGGACCCAGUUAGGAGGCGCUUCAUUCAGUCCUGUCCCAUCAUAAGGAUCCCUAACAGGUUUUUGAGAGGCCACCGACCCCCGCCGGCUCGGAGCGGGCACCGCUGCGUGGCCGACAGCACCAACCUCUACGUGUUCGGAGGCUACAACCCCGACUACGACGAGUCGGGCGGGCCGGACAACGAGGACUACCCGCUCUUCCGGGAGCUCUGGCGCUACCAUUUCGCCACGGGAGUCUGGCACCAGAUGGGCACCGACGGCUACAUGCCCCGGGAGCUGGCGUCCAUGUCACUCGUGCUGCAUGGAAACAACCUGUUAGUGUUUGGAGGCACCGGCAUUCCCUUUGGUGAGAGCAACGGCAACGAUGUCCAUGUCUGUAACGUGAAGUAUAAGCGAUGGGCACUGCUCAGCUGCCGGGGGAAGAAGCCCAGCCGCAUCUACGGACAGGCCAUGGCGAUCAUCAAUGGCUCCCUUUAUGUUUUUGGGGGCACAACUGGCUACAUUUACAGCACAGACCUGCACAAACUGGACCUCAAUACCAGAGAGUGGACACAACUGAAACCAAACAACCUGUCCUGUGAUCUCCCGGAAGAGAGGUACAGACAUGAAAUCGCACAUGAUGGGCAGAGGAUUUACAUCUUAGGAGGCGGUACUUCCUGGACAGCUUAUUCCUUAAACAAGAUCCACGCUUACAACCUUGAAACAAAUGCAUGGGAGGAAAUUGCAACAAAACCUCAUGAAAAAAUAGGUUUUCCUGCAGCCCGAAGAUGUCACAGUUGUGUUCAAAUAAAAAAUGACGUGUUCAUUUGCGGGGGCUACAAUGGGGAAGUGAUCCUGGGAGACAUCUGGAAGCUGAACCUGCAGACUUUCCAGUGGGUCAAGCUCCCGGCUACCAUGCCAGAGCCCGUCUAUUUCCACUGCGCAGCGGUCACGCCGGCUGGGUGUAUGUAUAUUCACGGAGGAGUGGUCAACAUCCACGAGAACAAACGGACUGGGUCACUGUUUAAGAUCUGGCUGGUGGUACCGAGCCUGCUGGAACUGGCCUGGGAGAAGCUGCUCGCGGCCUUCCCCAACCUAGCAAACCUCUCCCGAACACAGCUUCUGCACCUGGGACUCACACAGGGACUCAUCGAGCGCUUGAAAUGAAGAUUUCUGGACUGUUCAUUGAUACUGGAAAUGUUAAUUUAAAGAGACUCCUUUAUUUAUGGGCAGUGUAGAAUGUGCUACAGAGGAUUGGUUACCCUGAUCAAGGCCUUACUCAGAAAAUACAUCAGAUGCCUUUCUGUAAGUUGGUUUUCAGUUUAUGGAAAUCUCAUUUUCCCUCGUGCUUACUUUGCUUCUCUUCUUUUUUGCCCACCGCCCACCCCCACCACACACUCACACGCACACACUCACAUCCUUCCUCUACCAAAUGGAGUUGGGGGUGAAGUCUGAAAUCACCUUAAUGAUGUUUUGAAUCAGGAUAAGAUUUUUUUAAAAAACAUUUUUUUUAAGGAAUUCUGAACAUAGGACCAUGUCAGCCAAUCCUUGACUGUUCUAAGCAACAUCACCAAUAGAAUCAAAAAUGAAAUCAAUGGAAACCCAGAAAUUUGGGGGCUAGAACAAGAAGGCCAACCUUGAGAACCUUUCAGGUCGUCUGUAGCGCCUCGGUGAAUAAAGCUGUGUCUUCAGAAAGACAUGGGCAGGAGGCUGGGUCUCCUGGCAGAAGUGGGUGACACCUGUCUGGCCUCGUGGUGACCCCCAAACCCACGCUCUGGCUUCGGUGGAGAGCGAAGCAUCGAGCAGCUCUUGGA